GUCCGCUAACUGCCGCUCCCGCCAGAGUGCAGCCAGAGCCCCGCCUCUCCUCCAUCCGGUCGCGCGCCGCUAUAUAAACGUAGCCCGACCCCUUCCUCAGCAAUCCUACCUUCUCUCUCCGAGUCCUUAACGUCGGUCUGAAGGAAAUCUGAAAAAAUGCGUGAAUGUAUUUCCAUGCACGUCGGCCAAGCCGGAGCCCAGAUGGGCAAUGCAUGCUGGGAGUUGUAUUGCCUGGAGCAUGGGAUCCAGCCAGACGGCCAGAUGCCCAGUGACAAAACCAUUGGAGGAGGUGAUGACUCCUUCAACACCUUCUUCAGUGAGACUGGAGCUGGAAAACAUGUCCCAAGAGCGGUCUUUGUCGAUCUGGAGCCCACCGUCAUUGAUGAGGUGCGCACUGGUACCUACCGCCAGCUGUUCCACCCUGAGCAGUUGAUCACUGGUAAGGAAGACGCUGCCAACAAUUACGCCCGUGGGCACUACACCAUUGGCAAGGAGAUCAUUGACCUGGUGCUGGACAGGACUCGCAAACUGGCUGAUCAGUGCACUGGGCUCCAGGGCUUCCUGAUAUUCCACAGUUUUGGUGGUGGCACCGGCUCUGGGUUCACCUCUCUCCUAAUGGAACGGCUCUCUGUCGACUACGGGAAGAAGUCAAAACUUGAGUUUGCUGUCUAUCCAGCUCCUCAAGUGUCCACUGCGGUGGUGGAGCCCUACAACUCCAUCCUUACCACCCACACCACCCUCGAGCACUCCGACUGUGCCUUCAUGGUGGACAACGAGGCCAUCUACGACAUCUGCCGUAGAAACCUCGAUAUCGAGCGCCCCACCUACACAAACCUCAACAGGCUGAUUGGGCAGAUCGUUUCCUCCAUCACAGCAUCCCUGCGUUUCGAUGGAGCCCUGAAUGUAGAUCUGACCGAGUUCCAAACCAACCUGGUGCCCUAUCCACGUAUCCACUUCCCUCUGGCCACCUACGCCCCAGUGAUCUCCGCAGAGAAAGCCUACCAUGAGCAGCUGUCUGUUGCUGACAUCACCAACGCUUGCUUCGAGCCAGCCAAUCAGAUGGUGAAAUGCGACCCUCGUCACGGCAAGUACAUGGCCUGCUGUCUGCUGUACCGUGGAGAUGUGGUUCCCAAAGAUGUCAACUCUGCCAUCGCCACCAUCAAGACCAAGCGUAGCAUCCAGUUUGUGGACUGGUGUCCCACUGGAUUCAAGGUUGGCAUCAACUACCAGCCCCCGACUGUGGUUCCUGGAGGAGAUCUGGCUAAGGUGCAGCGAGCUGUGUGUAUGCUGAGCAACACCACAGCCAUCGCUGAAGCCUGGGCUCGUCUGGAUCACAAGUUUGAUCUGAUGUACGCCAAGAGAGCUUUUGUUCAUUGGUAUGUGGGUGAAGGAAUGGAGGAGGGGGAGUUCUCAGAGGCCAGAGAAGACAUGGCUGCCCUGGAGAAGGAUUAUGAAGAGGUGGGAACAGACAGCGUCGGGGAAGAGGAUGAAGAAGGAGAGGAGUAUUAAAUUGAAGGCUUGCUGACCCUUGCACAACCUAGCAAGAGAACACAUGCCCGACUUAAAAAAUAUAGAAAAUGUUCUGUUAAAAACCCACAUUCCAUGAAAUAAAAUUGUUCCUCUUAUUCGGUUGACCUUUUCAAUAAAAAUGCUUAAUUAA